GUUUCGAGCAACUCGAGCAUGGACCCGUCCCUUUGUUGGCAUGUUUUCGACCAAGGGCGUUGAGGCACCGUCAAGUCAGCCUCACGAAGUCGACACUCCAAGCGAUUCGAUGGCGUUGCUGCCGUCCUGUCAACCCAACCAUUGCGCGGACUGCUGCAUGUCGUUCGAGUCGUCGGCUGACUACGCCAACCACAAGGCAAAGUUUUGCGUCCAAAGCGAGUACUUUGACCCGGUCAAGCUGCAGCAGCACCUCCUCGCAACAACCACCGCAGACGACAACAAUGCAACGACAGGCAAGGUGUAUGCGGCGACCAUGUCAUUUGCAAGGGUGCAGCAGUACCUGAGUGGUGGCGGGGGCAGCAGAGGCGAUGGUGGUGGUGGCGUCGACACUUUCCUCGGCAAAGUUUCGCUGCUCGAUCUCAAGUCGACUUUGCAAGCGAACGACAUGGAAAUGGAAAAACUGAGGCGGCAUGUGAAGAACGAGCGCGAGAAGGAAAAGGCCGACGAGCUCAGAGCGCUCAAGCUCAAGCAGCAAAAAGUGUUCCUCCAGAAGAAGCAGGAAGAGGACGAAGUUGUGGCCCUCAUGAAAGAAAUCGAACGGCGUCAACUUGAAGAACUCAAAGCACGUGCACAGCGCGAACAAGUCAAGGCGGAGCUGCGCCAGUUGGACACGGUUGGCAUGGCGCAUCUCGAGGACGAGCGCAAGCGCGAGUUGGCCGAGCUUGUCAAGCAACGAGAAAUCUUAGCUCAGAAAGAGCAAGCUGCUUUGCAAGAAAUUCAAGCUAUGGAGAUGCGGGUCAAGGAGCAGGAAAUGCAGCACCGCGCGGAAGAACAGCAAGUCCAAGCGGCGAUUCAGCGGUUGGACGAUGGGGCGAAAGGAGAUGCCCGCCUGCGAGCGCUGCGAGCCACCCACAUGCAGAGGAGUCAAUCGUUUGGAGCAAAAGCGGCGUUGCUGGAGCGAAAGCGACUGGAGCUGCAGCAGCUGCAAGCAAAGAUCAAGCACGAUCUGAUCCACCUUCACACAGAGAAACCACGAGGAGACAACCAAACUGACGAAACAAACGUCCACAUGGUUACGAAAUCGUUCAAUUACGAUGCAGAGAAGCGUCGACUAGAUGAGCUCGAGAUGAAAUUUGAAGCCGACGUGAAGUCCCAAGCCGCAUCCAUCUUGGAACUGGAGAGUUCAUCCAAGCUCCCACCCAGCGCCAGUGUCACAGGGACUAGCUUGACGAGUGAUGAUGCUAUUCCCGACGUCUCCGUCCCUUCCUCGAAUGACACACGCGGCGCUAUCAAGCAAGUGCCAUCAUCCCCCGCAAAAAUGUGUCCGGAGACUAUGCCAGAAGGAGGUGGCACAAGUCCCGUGCAGGAGCCAUUGCAAGCCUCUGACACACUUGCUCCGACUACAAUCAUGGACUCUUUGGAACGAGAAGUGCUCCAUCGGAAACAAAGCGAUCACGCUUUCAAGCAGUCAAAACAGUCAACGCCGCGACAGUCCCCAGCUCCCCCUUCUCCCAACCCUGCGAACUCUGGCGCCCCGUAUGCCCCGCCGCCCAUGGCAACGUCGACAUAUCCUGAGCCCCCCCACGCCAUGCCGCAAAUGGCGCCGCCGAUGUGGCCCCCUCCCAAUACAACAUACCUUCCUCCACACGGAGGGCAAUUUUCGUACUACACACCACCUCCCGCCUACUACGGGAUGUAUCAACCUCCAAUGCCGUACUACAAUGGGUACACUGGAUUUGCUGCAACUGGUGCAGCCAUCGUGGGCGGUGGGUACCCCCCUCCGAUGAUGGGGGCGCCGUACGCCAUGCCCAUUCACCCGCCGCCUUACGUGAUGCCAAACAUGAUGAUGCCGAACUCUGGUUUGUUUGAGCCCCCGCCUGACCCCGAGACAGUGAAGCUCCAGCAACAACUGGACGCGAUGAAGCUGCUCAAGGACCAACGCGAGGUUGAAAUGGAAACCUUGCGCUUUCAGCAAAUGAUUCAGAGCAUUCAAGCCAAGUUGCCCGGUGCGGGCAGCAACAACGCCUGCAACGUGGCCCCGAACCACGGCGAAUCGAUGUCGGCGCAGUCGUCAAGCACGGAUCUAGCUCAAAAGGCGCCAGAUGCCGCAGAUGAAUUUGAGUCGAAAGAGCUCAAGGCAUUGAAACUCAAGCAUGCAGAGGACAUGCUCAAGCUCAAGCAGCAGCGAGAUCUCAUGGAAGAGGAGGAGCGCCUGCAAGACUUGAAAGAGCAACGCGACAAACGGCGAAGGGACAUGGAGGAGCAGCUCGCUCAAGACGAGUGGAUGGCAAAUCAAAAUCGGAUGGUCAUGGCGCUUCGGAUGAAGAAGAUGCUCGCACAAGAACAGCCACUCACUGCGUCUUUGAUGACCGACGACAUGGAUUCCAUCGGGUUGCCUUUGCCGUACGACCCAGACGUGGGCUUUACUGUGUUUUGGGAUUACAUCCUGCUCGUGCCACUCAAAGCAACCUUCUUGCAGGUGACGUACGCUGUGUACGAAGGCGAGAUCCUACGGACAAAGCACAAGGUCCUGCGAGGGCGCGAAUGCGAGCCGUACGGCCCCACCGUGAAUCGGUGUGUGUUGGCGUCGAGUCGAGCAUUUGACCAUCUGCCAGCCUCCCAGGACGUUCGGCUCCUCAUAGAGGUGGCCGUCAUGCCCACCGACGGCAAGCCAGUGAGCUUGGGUUGGACCAUGUUGGAUCUGUUUGCGCCGUCGGAGGGGUCGGCACCUCAGCUGCACGAAGGGCGCUUCAAAUUACCAUUGAGCCAUUCGCCUAUGCCUCAGAUGACGAGGGGACCCAUACAAAAACCGGACUCGUCAUCGUUGACAGAUGCCACGACGCUGUACCUUCGCGUCGUGCAUGCUGGCCAUGCCGACGACGCGGCGAAAUACCCCGUCAAUCCCGACUUGACGGCCAGUAAAUACCAGACACCAAGUGCAGCACCAUCGAAUCCAACGUCGCCUUCGCCUGCAACCAUCGUGGAGCCAUUGAAAAAGGCCAACCAGCCAGGGAUGGAACCGCAUCGCUCUGCACAGUCCACAGCUCCCCCCACACGACCACCAACAUCAAAACCGCAGCCUGUUGCGUCCUUCAUCCCAGCCACCAGUUCAACCCCCCCCACCACGAAAUCCCCCCUGCGAAGCGCAGUCCCAACAGCCAUGGCUGUCCUUGCCACGAUUCCGUCGAUGCCCGACAACGACGCGAGUCUGUACUCGGUUGUGCUGUCGUCUCUGCAGCCAUCCAGUCCCGAGGAAUGGAUGCACGUUGGCGCAGAUUGUGUUCAACUAGUAUUGACCUCACCAACCAGAGCAUCGCCGUUGUACUCGUCGGAGGACCGGCCAAUUGAGCCUUCCACGGGGCUCGUCGCAUCAGGGGCGGCGUGGAGGGCGCCGUGGUUGAGCUGCCCUCGCAACCAACCUAUGUUGUUAACGAUGUUGCAUAAACGAAGUGGUGGGGUCGUUGAUACGUACAACGCCACGCUGCCUUUGGAGAACAAGGAGGGUGUCCCCAUCAUUUGGGACGACCAAAUUGUCGACUUGUGCCAUCCAGCAACGAAGCAAGUCAAAGCUACAAUCGCUGUCACACUUACGCCGCAUGACUCGAACGGCCAAGCCAUAGCGUCGUCGACGCGUCGUCCACACGUCGGACGUGAAGUGUCAAGCGGCGAAGGAUGGAUCGACUGCGAUUUGUACUCCAAUCCACGCAGCACAGGCCACCGACCUCUCUUUAGCCGAGGCGACGGGUUCAACGUGUACGUGGACGGGGCGCGAUCUUUGCCCGACAUUGUCACGAUCACAAAAGUUACGUGCUUUGCGCUGAACGCCGAUAUGGGGAAUGUUCCUCCGCUGCAAGACCCCUCUGCGUUCGCCUCCCUCCACGACAAUGCUUUCUCGCCAUCGUUCCAGCUGGGUCUUGAAUUCCGCGGCGAUCGAUUCAACCCGACCCUGACGCUCUUGUGCCGAGUCGACACCAUCCACAGUAUAUCCAAGCAGGCCAUGGUUGUGGGCUAUGCUGUCCUGCCCGUCUUCCUCGAGCACGAUGAAAACAGGGCCGCGACAACACCUCCAACCAAGGCAACCGUCCAGGAAUUCCAUCUAAACGCUGGCGCGUUCCAGCUGCCACUGCGACUGGGAGCGACCCUCGGUACUGAUCGCGUCGAUUUUACGUCGAAGGCGUGCGACUCGUUCAUGAAACUUCCGUGCGCCACAUUGCUCGUCCGUGUGUGUCCAGCGGUCAAAUCAGAGGAUGGUUUGUCGUGCCUUAGCCGAAAGGACGUACCCGAGGCUGACUGGGCUGCUCGAGGGAUUGCCGUCCCUGCGCCAGCGUAUGCCGAAAAGGUUUACGACUCAACCUCGUCGCGGCCAUCGCUCACGGAAGACAAGUUGUACAAAUUAAGGCUGCACCGGUCGCUGCGCUUGGUGAGUGACGUGUUGCUGGCCGUGACGGAGAAAGCAACCUUGGACUCGCCAGACAAGUUGACGACGUGGCUUCAAUCGCAAUUGAAUAAAAAGCCGCCCGCUGCGCUCUUGGACAACCUGGCGAUGGUGUUUCCGUAUCGACCCGAAAUGGGCUUUCGCGUGGCUGUCGAUGGGCUGGUCAACGCUCCCCCCGGUUGUCUGUACAAAGUGAUUUCGUGCAUCUCCCCGCCCGCGCCAUUCUACCAAGACCCUAAGAUGACGGACGAUGUCCACAUGACCAUCAGCUACGACUGGACAAGUGCCCAGUCCCAUCCCCAGUUUUCCGAUGGCUUUAUCAGCUAUCGGGAUGUCCCCGAAUUCCACAACACGGACCUACUUGUGGUGUUUGACGUUCGUGGCGUCAAGCAGGUCAAAGGCGCGUGGGUGUCGCAUCAAGUGGGCUGGACAUACUUGAAGCUUCUCAACGAAGCCCACUGCAUUGCGGCAGGGUCGUUCCAGUUGCCAGUAUUCGCCGGGGCUUUGAGUUUGGAUCUGUUGCAGCACGACCUAGCGCUUGAUGCGCUAGUGGCCCUCGAGACGCCAAAGAAGAAGGGUCUGAUCUCAUACGUGCAAGGCAUGUCGGUGUGCGUAAGAGUCGAAGAUGGCUGCAUGCCCAACACGUUUCCAAAGCCGUUGGUUGGAUUGACCCCCGUCGGCAUUCCUCCAGCGACGGCCUCCAAGUACACGUACGACCCGGCGGCCGUCGCAGCUCAGCAGAAGAAGAAACCUCUCGGGAAACUCGUAAUCGGCAAGACAGAGCGCGACUGCGAAAAGGAACUCAACAUUGCGUUUGCCAAGGACAUGGCCAUUUCACACUAUACUUUUUGAGCCCGCUUCGACGUAGCAUGCAUCGACCAGGCUCUACGGAAACCCUGUCAUGAUCACCGUAGUGCUAAAAAUCCUUGCAUCCUUCCUCCA